AUGUCACACCUUCAAACCUCUGAGUCACAUGAUGAUUUGCAGGGUCAAUAUUGUAAUUACCACCUACCCAUAACUCAUCACUGCGUCUCCACUAUCAAAGGCGACAACUCCUACAUCUCGUCUCUUGCCCUUGGUGGGAAGUUUCUAUACACAGGCUCUUCGAAUAAAGAAAUUCGAAUGAUGAAGCGUAAUACUUUAAGGGCAGAAUUUGAUCAAGAGAAACUAAGUGACCGCGUGGUAGUCGCAGGAAACGGUGCAGUAAAGUCACUAGUGGUUUCUGCUGACAAAAUAUUCAGCGCGCAUCAAGACCACAAAAUCCGUGUCUGGAGAGUUGACGAAAAUGAGAUGCAACAGCCGAAGUUAACACUCUUGGCCACCCUCCCAACGUUUAGUGACCGGACCCUUAAUGUUCUAUUACCGAAGAACCAUGUACGUGUGUCACGACACAAGAGGUCCACGUGGGUCCAUCAUAAUGAUACGGUAUCAGCACUAGCUAUGUCCAGGGACGGUUUGGUCGUCUAUUCAGUCUCAUGGGAUAGAACACUCAAGAUUUGGAAUGCAAACAACUUCAAGUGCUUAGAAUCUGUCUGUAAUGCACAUGAUGAUGCAAUAAAUGCAGUAGCGGUAUCAAGCAAUGGUGACGUUUAUACUGGAUCCACCGACAAAACAAUAAAGAUUUGGAGGAAGUCAGAAUCACCAAAAGGUGAGAAACACUCUUUAAUUACCACAUUAAAGAAACACAAAUCGGGUAUUAAUGCAUUGGCGUUUAGCACCAAUGAGAAUGUUCUGUAUUCUGGAGGGAGUGAUAGGUUGAUCAUCGCUUGGGAGAAGAUUGACGAGGAUGACAUGGCUGCAGUGGCUGUUAUCAAGGGGCAUGUUAAAUCCAUAUUGUGUUUGAGUGUUGUAUCGGAUCUGUUGUGUAGUGGUUCUGCAGAUGAAACCGUAAGAAUCUGGAAAGGAAUUGAGAAAUGCUAUUGUUGUUUAGCGGUAUUGGAGGGUCACAGUGGUCCGGUUAAGUGUUUGACAUCAGAAACAGAUCACACGGGUUGUUCAUGUGAUGCAUCGACUUCUUAUCUUAUCUAUAGUGGUGGUCUGGAUUAUGACAUUAAAGUUUGGCAGAUUUGCAUCGCUCUAUGAUAAACGAUUUCCUCAUUUUGUGAUUUAAAUUUUCCGAAGCUACUUAUGAUGUGAAACCUACA